CGUGCUCAACCAGUUGGCUAUGUGCGCUCCGUGUCAGCAGAACAUUCACAACCGUAACGGGUUUUCGCUGUGCGUUCAAUAAACUCAGAAUUUGGUUUUCGGGACUAAUAAACCGAUUUUGAAAACCAGCUGGUGAUUAGCUUACCUCUCGUUACCCACCAGAACCCACUCAAAUAUGUGCUUAUCACAGUACUGCGAGUGCCGGUAAAGUUGUUGGCCGCUAAAAUCUGUUAUCAGCCAACAUGGAUUUCGAGGAGAUUUUGGCCAAGUGCGGCAACAGCAGUCGUUAUCAGUUCGUGCUGUUGGCUCUUUAUGGUUACCUUAUGGUCGUCGUUUCAAUGCACUAUUUCUCGCAAAAUGUCAUUAGUUUCGUGCCCGACCAUUGGUGUUAUCAUGAGCAGUUGGUAAAUCGGAGCUUCGAAGAGAUCGAGGCGAUAUAUUCACAAUAUGAGAAUCCCUCAUGCACGCGGCUGGAAAGGAUUGGCGAGGAUGGACAGAAUCACACGUUGAGCAAGGAGCGCUGUGAUCGUUGGUUCUAUAAAUAUGAUUUUGGUUAUAGGAGUAUGAAUACGGAGCUUAACUGGGUUUGCCAUGAUGCCUAUAAGCCACGGUGGGGCCAAUCGCUUUUCUUUGUGGGUUCUGUAUGCGGAACUCUAAUCUUUGGCCAGCUUGGCGAUCGCAUAGGUCGCAUUAAGGCCUUGAUUUUGGCCAAUUGGUGUGGCUUCCUUGGCGAUUUCUCAACCAUAUUCGCCAACAGUCUCGUCUCAUUCUCUAUUAGUCGCUUUGUAUCUGGAUUGGCGGCUGAUGCCAACUCUUAUCUCAUGUAUAUACUAAUUCUCGAAUAUGUCUCACCGUCGCUGAGAAAUGUGGGUCUGAAUACAGUUUUGGGCAGUUUUUACUGUCUUGGCCUGAUUGGAGCUUGCUGGCUGGCUGUUUGGGUGGGUCACUGGCGCAUAUUCCUGGCUUGCUCUUCGGUUCCUCUUCUGCUGGUCACGCUUUUCUACUUCCUCGUCCAGGAGAGUGCCCAGUGGCUGGUGACGAGGAAUGAUAUCGAUGGAGCCAUUAGGCGAUUGCAGCGUGUGGCCAAGAUCAAUCGUCGCCAGGUGGCUGAUGAGGAUUUUAGAACCUUUCGUAGCUACUGUGAGGAGCACUAUCGGAAGGAUGUUAAGGAGCAGGACAGUCAGGCUAAUGUGCGGGAUAUGUUGAAAACGCCACGGAUGCGUAGUACGGCAUUUAAAUUGCUGCUUAUUUUCAUCAUCAUCGUUCCCUGCUACAAUACCAUCGCUCGAAAUGUAGAGGGCCUGGGCAUAUCGCCCUUCAUCAUGUUCUCGUUAAACGCAUUGACCUUGCCGCCUUCGGGUUACCUACAGGGUCUGCUGCAGGAUCGGAUAGGGCGAAAGGCCACCGCUGUGGGUUGGAUGACGAUAACAGGAUUGUUUGCCGCAGCCGCUGGUCUGGUGAUAUCGCAAGGUAGCAAUCGGAAUGUCACACUGCUGGUGGGUCUUACUUUGGCGGCCAGAUUUGGGGUCUCCAUUGCCGAUGGUGCCAGCUCGCAGUUCUCCACGGAGCUCAUCCCCACCAGCGUGCGAGGAAGGGGAGUGGCUGUGGUGCACGUGGCUGGAUUUGCUGCCUCUUUUCUCUCGCCCUACAUCCUGCACUUGGGCACUUAUUUCAAGCCAGCUCCCUCGAUAAUUUUGGGGCUUCUUUUCCUUUCUGGGGCUUAUGUGUGCCUGCUACUACCCGAAACUCGUAAUAAGAAACUUCCUAUGUCCUUGGAGGAAGGAGAGGAGUUUGGCAAAGGAGAAGGCAUAUUUGACUUUCUGGUCAAUAUGUUUAAGAAGGAUAGUGAAGAAUCGGUGGUUGAAAUGAGUACCAAGAAUGUGGAGGAGGACACUCUGAUGGCCAAGGCUGUACAGCAGUAAGCUCAACCUGAUUUUAUAUUUUAAAAUGAUAAAGUAAAGUAGUAAAUUUUAGUGCAUUUAAA